CCUAUUACCUAUUUGACAGUUCGCAGCUGACGUUCAUCUGUGUAUUUUGUCACUGCGGAACAUCUGUUACUUCAGCGAUGUUCUCGUGAUUUUCUUGACUUUUUUGACUUAUUUCGAUCAAGAUGUACACGAAAUUAUCCGACAAAUACUCCAAUGAAAAGAGUACCGUUUAGAACGUUUUGUGUCCCACAAAAUCGUGCUAGUUUGUGUUUGCAUUAACGACUGGAAAGUGUUUUUGUAGAAAGUGGAUUUGCCUUUUGUCAGUUUCGCAACAGAAGUAUUGGUUGAAGGAUAUCCCGCAAACACCUGGGACUCCCUACAUCUCCAUUCGAAUCGCCGAGCUAACCGCGCCUUCCUUUCCAACACGAUAAACUCGGCGAGUUAUUAUGAUUUUGACGGCUCAUCUCAGGCUGAUCGUGUGUGCGUGCAUUUUCGUAUCUUCGUUGAGUAGCGCGAGCGGCUCGGUCAGGCCUCGGGUUUACAUGAACGAGUUCGCCGUCCACAUACCGCAGGGAGAGGAUGCGGCCAAUGUCGUUGCGGCCAAGCACGGAUUCAUCAACAGGGGACAGGUUGGCAGCUUGAAAGGAUUCUACCUCUUCGAGCACGUUCGCGUCCACAAAAGAUCGUUAGAUGCCAAUGAUGAACACCAUGAAAAGCUCAUCAAUGAACCCGAGGUUGUGUGGGUGCAGCAGCAACACGAGAAGCGACGGAGAAAGCGAGACUAUAGUCUACCCACCACCUUCGAUACCUACCCCAGCGAUGAUGCCUCUGAAUAUUUACCCCACAGUCGCCUCCACUACAGGGCUAUACCGGGGAUCAAUUUUCCGGAUCCCCUCUUCAAAGAGCAAUGGUAUCUUAAUGGUGGUGCCAAAGAUGGAUUAGAUAUGAAUGUAGGACCAGCCUGGCAGAAGGGCUAUACCGGUAAAGGAGUUGUCGUAUCAAUAUUAGAUGACGGCAUUCAAACUAACCAUCCUGAUCUGGCUCAGAAUUACGACCCCCUGGCUAGCACGGACAUCAACGGCAACGACGACGACCCGAUGCCCCAGGACAACGGCGAUAACAAGCACGGGACCAGAUGCGCCGGGGAAGUUGCCGCGGUCGCCUAUAACCAGUUUUGCGGGGUUGGGGUGGCGUACAACGCGAGCAUCGGCGGCGUCAGAAUGCUGGACGGCGUGGUCAACGAUGCAGUCGAAGCCAGAGCCCUGGGACUGAACCCCGAACACAUCGACAUAUACAGCGCCUCCUGGGGCCCGGAAGACGACGGCAAAACGGUCGACGGACCCGGCCCACUGGCCAGAAGGGCCUUCAUUUACGGGGUAACGAGCGGCCGUAAAGGAAAAGGUUCGAUUUUCGUAUGGGCCUCCGGAAACGGCGGAAGACAUAUCGACUCCUGCAACUGUGACGGUUACACGAACAGCAUCUUCACGCUCAGUAUCUCAAGUGCCACACAAGGAGGUUAUAAACCGUGGUACCUGGAGGAAUGCUCCUCGACACUAGCAACCACCUACAGUUCCGGAACACCAGGACACGACAAGAGCGUGGCCACAGUUGACAUGGACGCAAGAUUAAGACCAGAUCACAUCUGUACCGUAGAACAUACUGGCACAUCUGCUUCAGCUCCUUUGGCGGCAGGAAUAUGUGCCCUAGCUCUGGAAGCCAACCCGAGCCUAACGUGGAGAGACAUGCAGUAUUUGGUGGUUCUCACCUCCAGAGCCUCGCCCCUGGAGAAGGAGACCGGAUGGAUCACCAACGGCAUGAAGAGGAAAGUAUCUCACAAAUUCGGUUACGGUCUGAUGGAUGCUUCAGCUCUGGUCGCACUGGCCGAGAAAUGGACCACGGUUCCCCCUCAGCACAUUUGCAAAUCGCGCGAAAUAGUGGAAGACAGAGAAAUCGGCUCUAAGUACGGCGACGCCCUGAACCUCUACAUGGACGUCGACGCUUGCGCGAACACCCUGAACGAAGUGCGGUAUUUAGAGCACGUACAGUGCAAGGUCACCCUGCGUUUCUUCCCCAGAGGCAACCUGCGCAUCGUUUUAACCUCGCCGAUGGGCACCCAGUCCAUACUGCUGUUCGAGAGACCCAGGGACGUACUCAGUUCGAACUUCGACGACUGGCCGUUCCUCAGCGUCCAUUUCUGGGGCGAGAGGGCGGCCGGACGCUGGACCCUGCAGGUGAUAAACGCGGGCGAGAGGCGAGUCAACCAGCCGGGCGUGCUGAAGAAGUGGCAACUGGUGUUUUACGGAACGAAAGUGAAUCCCGUGCGACUCAGGCAACAGGGCUCGCCGAACGUCAAAAGUACGUGGAAACUGCCGCUCGGUUCCUUUUUCUCGCCCACCCCCUCGGAACCAGUAACGCAAGUGACCGAUAAUUUUUUCAGUCCCGACAUCUUCAAGAGUUUCAAUAAUUUUCCCAACGUUUACACGUUCUCUGGAUCGGACCCUGAACAAAGUGUAACCUCGCUGGACGGCAAGAAGACAAUAGUUAGGCAGAAUUCGGAGGACGGCGACGGCGACGACGAGACCAAGGACGGCUGCGACGACCAGUGCGACUAUCAGGGGUGCUUCGGUGCUGGUCCUUCGAAGUGUAUCGCUUGCAGGAACAAGAGGAUGGACGGGAACUGCGUGAGGGCAUGUCCGCCAAGGAGCUACGCCGAUCCCAAAGGGUCGUGUCAGAUGUGUCACGAGGCGUGCGAUACAUGCACCGGUGCCGAUCAGAACAGCUGCCUGACCUGUUCGCCGGGCUACGUACGCGUCCUCGAUCUCGGCAUCUGCCUGCAGCAGUGUCCCGAAGGAUAUUUCGAAGAUUAUCUGCAUAAAACCUGCAUUAGCUGCCAGCCAAACUGUUUGGCUUGUCAGGAGAGACCCGACCACUGCACCAGCUGUGACCAUCACCUUCUGCUCCAUCAGAACAAAUGUCUGGCUGCCUGCCCUGUUGGAACCUACGAGACAGAAUAUUAUACGUGCGAACCUUGCCACAACAACUGCGAAACCUGCAGGGGCUCCAACAGCUCGCAGUGCAUCUCUUGCAGCCCCGGCAGGUUCUGGCACGAAGGGGCCUGCAUCAAGGACUGUCCCGCUCACCACUAUUCCGAUCCCCAACAGAGGGAGUGCAUCGAAUGCCCUCCAGGCUGCUCGGAGUGCAACAGGACGACCUGCAUAUUAUGCCUCGACGAUUGGGAGAUCAAUGUGAAGGGGCGCUGCGUGCCUCACGGCAGCGACCGCUGUGAAAUUGAUCAGUACCUGGACGGCGGUAAUUGCAAGCCCUGCCAUUCCACUUGCGAGUCCUGCGACGGACCCACCGAACACGCCUGUCUCUCCUGCUCCAGCCCCCUAAUGCUGCAGGGUACAAAAUGCGUGGCGGCAUGCCGACGAGGUACCUUCCAGGAUGAGGGAAGCAGAUCUUGUCAACCGUGUCUCCACACCUGCGCCAACUGCUUCUCUAAAACGAAUUGCACCGAGUGCGCCAGGGGUUUGCAGCUCCAGGGCAGCGAGUGUCAGUCGACAUGUGCGGCAGGUUAUUACAGCGACAAAGGGCAGUGUCAGCGGUGCUACAUGAGUUGCAAGACAUGCAGCGGUCCGCUACAGAACGAGUGCGUUACAUGCCCCUCCGGCUGGCAAUUGAUGACCGGCCAGUGCAGGCCGACUUGUCCUGAGGGAUAUUAUAAAACGGAUUUCGGCUGUCAGAAGUGCUAUUAUUCAUGCAGGGAUUGUCCCGGAUGCCCAUCGAAAGGAGACAAAAGGAAAAUAGAUGUUGAAGCACUUUUAUUAUCAGCGCAGCCUGUUUCAACUCUUCAAAUUAUGAACUCCUUCAACUUCAUUACGGGAGUUACAAUAGCCGCUUGUUUCUGCAUCAUCAUGCUAUUCAUCAUUCUCUUUCUUGUACUUCAAAGAAACAACGUCCAGACUCCACCACAGCAGCGGUUCAGCAAAGUAUCGAUAAAAAAGCCGAGGGUAACUUGCAACUAUAACGUGGUGGCAGUGAGUGACGGGGAUUCUAGUGAUACCGAUAGUUCAGAGGGCCAAAACUUAAUAAAAUCGAAACCAGGGAGGACUGCAUGUUGAUAAAGUAUUCACGCUAGGUGUGUGUACAUACAAAUUAUUGACUCAACUGUCUUCAUUGCCUGUGUUACCUAUAAUAAGAUAUUAAGUAAUGACUGUUCAAAUCAUUAUAGCUUGAAAUUAUUAUCUCUAUCUACUACUACGUAUUCCUAUAAAAUGGUGUAAUGAAUAGAAAUGUGAGUAUGUAAAUAGUAACCGAUGUUGUGGGAGUUUCUCUAAACGAAGAUUACCAAUUGUACCAAAUUCAUGAGUGUACCUUCAUAUUUUUGUGAUGUCUUGAAUUUUAUUUCAGUGAAGACAGCUCAAUGUAAAAAGUAAGAAUUAAGAAUGCGAAACAAGUGCUCUUGAUAUUUCAUGUCGUAAAUAUAUAUAAUUAUUUUUUAAAUGUACACUUUGUAUAUAAAAAUAUAUAUAGGUAUAUACACAAAUAAUGGAUAUUUGUUCAAUUCAAUGUUAUUUAUGAGAAAUGUUGUAUACUUUGGAAAUUAUUUCAAAUUCGGGAAACAUUAUUUGUUCUACUUUGAAGCGAAAAUUGUCUGUUUUUUUCUCAGUAAAUUUAUAUUUUGGAAA